AGUUUUAGGCUUCGAUCUCGGCACGAUUUUGCUCUUAGCGCCAUGAUCGUGGACAUCGGGGCGUUGACUCUUGCAUCCUUAAAGGCUGUUGGGAGCAUCGCAGUUAUGGCCUUUGGUGGCCUGUUCAUGACACGUCUGGGCAUCAUCACCAAUGAUGUGAGGAAAGGCUUGGGCGAGCUGUCCAUGAACCUCUUGCUGCCCUGCCUGAUGUUCAGCCAGGUGAUUUACUGCAACAAUGCUCAGAUGAAGGUGGACCAUGCUUGUCCCAACAUGGCGCAGGUGAUCCUCUCCUCAGCAGACCUGUUCUUUUGGCCGCUGGUGGUGGUGGGCUGUGGCUACUUUUUGGGCUUCCUGGCGGCCAAGAUCAUGCGGGUGCCAGAGAACUUCCGCCGGGCCGCUGCAGGUUCGGUGGCCUUCGGGAAUUCAACCGGAAUGCCGGUGGUGCUGCUCUCCACUUUGGCCCCCUCCCUGGUGGCUGAAGGAGUGGUCAAUGGAGAUCCCCUGCUCUUCCUGCCGGUGUAUUUGGUGCUUUCUCCCUUGCUGCAGUGGACCGUCGGCUCCUUGAUCUUCCGCCGCCCCACCGAGAAGAGCCUCACCGGUGAUGUCGAGGCGGCCGAGAGUCCCACCGAGAGCCCCGCGGCCGAGUACCCGUCGGACCCGGACUUCUCGCGCGCUCGCACGGCGUGCGUGCUGCGGGAUCCGCCGGUAUCGUCUCAGCGGGAUCGGCCUCGCUUGCGCACCGUGGGGAUGUUACCACCACUGGAGGUGGGCCCUGGCUUCACAGCCUGCGGAGAGCUGGAGGAUGUCCUCACCCCGGAAGAUGUGCAGAUGCCCCACUGCGACAAAUGUGGUGCAAUGCUGAAGCAUGUUCUCUUUAUGUUCCUGUCGCCACCAGUGGCAGCUACGCUUCUGGGGAUCCUGGUCGCCUUCAUUCGGCCCUUGCAGAACCAAUUCAUCAAUCUCAACGACUGGAGCUUGCCAUCUGAGCGCGGUUUGGAUUGGUUGUACAGUGCCAUCCGCACUUUGGGGCAGGCUGCUGUGCCUGUGAACCUCAUCAUGUUAGGCUCCAACUUGUCGAAGGGUGCUGACUUCAGUGCGUUGCCCGUCAGCACUGCCGUGGUUCUAACACUCACGAAGAUGUUGAUCCAGCCUGCGGCCAUCGCUGGCCUGGUUUUCCUGGUCGUUCGCUUGGUCCCUGGACCUGUCGUCACCGGCAAGUGGCUGGUGGCCAUUGUGGUCUCUCUGACGCCCACGGCCAACAACAUCAUGGUACAGGUAGAAGUUGGCGGCCAGGACAAGGCGGCGAUGAGCACCCUCAUUUUCAUUCAAUAUUUGAUGUCACCUGUGUUGCUCACCAUCUCGCUGACCGCCACCAGUGCUUUGAUGCAGAUGCAUGGCUCAUGGGAUCUCAUGGAUGAGCUGAGCAGCUGCCCAUCCAAAACGAGGCACGCAACGCAGAAUUUUCGCCAUCCCGACUGCCAAGCUCUGCGGAUCCGGGGACUUGGCUCGGCCUUGGCAUGCAUGAUUCUUCGAGCUGGCCACUGUAAAGGGAAUUGGAAGUUUUCUGUGGGCGGAUGAGGUCUGGAUCCUCAUCCAGCAUCCAGAGCUUCCACUCAAGUGCUAGCUGGUGCACAGUACAGACGAGAUUCGCUCGCUUUUGUUUGUGCCCAUUUUUUGGUUGGCUUCUGAAUAUAUUUUUGCGCCUCCUAGUACUCCCCAGCUGUACAGAGCAAUUGUGAUCAAGAAGCAGCCAUCUCAGUUGCGCGCUGCGCUGUGGACCCCAACAGAGGUUCUGAUACAGUGUUUAGUGUGACGGAGUUGCCAAUGGCCACUAAAAGUCAGUUCCAGGCAUUGACAUGUUGUCUGACUCCCUUCCAAAAAGGACAGCAGUGCGGCAGUUCGUUGGAAAGAACGUCGUUGUCUUUUUCUCGAUUCUCCUCCG